AUGCAGAUGUACCUCCCAUUCUGUGGGAUUGCCAUAUCCAAUGCCCAGCUAUUUGCAGCUUCAAGGAAAGAAUAUGACAGAAGCAGGGCUUUACUGGAGGUAGUGAAUGACCUCUUUGAGGAACAGACUGACUUAGAGAAAAUCGUCAAGAAAAUUAUGCAUCGGGCCCAGACUCUGCUGAAAUGUGAACGGUGCUCAGUAUUACUUCUGGAAGAUAUUGAAUCACCAGUGGUGAAAUUUACAAAAUCCUUUGAGUUGUUGUCUCCAAAAUGCAGUGCUGAUACUGACAACAGUUUCAAAGACAGCAUGGAGAAAUCAUCGUCUUAUUCUGACUGGCUAAUAAAUAAUAGCAUUGCUGAACUCGUCGCCUCCACAGGUCUCCCAGUGAACAUCAGUGAUGCCUAUCAGGAUCCUCGCUUUGAUGCUGAAGCUGACCAAAUUUCUGGCUUUCACAUAAGAUCUGUUCUGUGUGUUCCUAUAUGGAACAGCACCCACCAAAUAAUUGGGGUAGCUCAAGUGUUGAACAGGCUUGAUGGGAAAUCCUUUGACGAUGCUGACCAGCGACUGUUUGAAGCUUUUGUUAUUUUUUGUGGCCUGGGUAUCAACAACACAAUUAUGUAUGACCAAGUGAAGAAAUCCUGGGCAAAACAGUCUGUGGCUCUUGAUGUGUUGUCUUACCAUGCAACAUGUUCGAAGGCAGAAGUUGAUAAAUUUAAGGCAGCAAACAUCCCUCUGGUGUCAGAGCUUGGCAUCGACGAUAUCCAUUUUGAUGACUUCUCACUUGAUGUGGAUGCCAUGAUUACUGCAGCCCUGCGGAUGUUCAUGGAACUUGGAAUGGUUCAGAAGUUUAAAAUUGACUACGAGACACUGUGUAGGUGGCUUUUGACUGUUAGGAAGAAUUACCGGAUGGUUUUGUACCACAACUGGAGACAUGCUUUCAACGUCUGCCAGCUCAUGUUUGCCAUGCUAACCACUGCAGGAUUUCAGGAGAUUCUAAGUGAAAUUGAAAUUUUAGCUUUGAUUGUGGGAUGCUUAUGUCACGACCUUGACCACAGGGGAACCAACAAUGCCUUCCAAGCCAAGAGUGGAUCAGCCUUAGCUCAGCUCUACGGCACCUCUGCUACCUUGGAGCACCACCAUUUCAAUCAUGCUGUCAUGAUUCUCCAAAGUGAGGGUCACAACAUCUUUGCUAACUUGUCCUCUAAGGACUAUAGUGACCUUAUGCAGCUUCUAAAGCAAUCAAUAUUGGCAACAGACCUCACUCUGUAUUUUGAGAGAAGAACGGAAUUUUUUGAACUCGUCAGUAAAGGCGGUUAUGAUUGGAACAUAAAAACCCACCGAGAAAUAUUUCGAUCAAUGCUAAUGACAGCCUGUGACCUUGGAGCUGUGACCAAACCGUGGGAGAUUUCAAGACAGGCAACUGAGCUGGUAACCAGUGAGUUUUUUGAACAAGGAGACAGAGAAAGAUCUGAACUCAAACUCACCCCUUCAGCCAUUUUUGAUCGGAACAGGAAACAUGAACUACCCAGAUUGCAGCUCGAGUGGAUUGAUAGCAUCUGCAUGCCAUUGUAUAAGUGUCUAGUGAAGCUGAAUGUGAAACUCAAGCCUAUGCUGGACUCCGUGGCAGUAAAUAGAGGUAAAUGGGAGGAGCUGCACCAAAACAGACUUCCUUCUCAGGCUUCAUCAUCGUCCUCCUUUCCCUCUAGCUUCACCAUGUCUCUCAAAGACAUAAAUUAA